AUGAGGUUUGAUGAUUCUACACAGGAAGCGGAUGCAAAGUUAGCUGCAGGGCCUUCUAUUGCCAGUUGCCAACACCUGAGUGUAGCAACUCGAGUCUUAGCCAUCAAAGGAAAUAGCUAUAGUCAUGAGAAGCUGGGAGCAAACAAGUUCUCACAGAGGCAGCCUAUAGGGACAGCAGCACAAAGCCAAGACAAGGCCUACGAGGAGCCACCAUCAGUGACCUUGUUUGAGCCUGAUUUCAUGGCCACCUUCCCAUUCCUCUGCAUCACCAUCCUCACUGUCAUGGGUGUCAAAAGGCCACCUACCAUGUGUGCCAGUGUGGGGGCAAUCUGUGGGGCUGGUGCGGUGAAAGGAUUCCAAAAGGGCCCUUACCAGAUGUUGGGUGGGGGAGCCAAUGUUGUGAAGCACGGCUACACCAAGGGAGAUGGUUUGUGUGCUGAGAUUGUGGGCACCUUUGUUCUUGUCUACACUGUCUUUUCUGCCACUGAUGCCAAGAGAAAUGCUAGAGAUUCUCAUGUGCCUAUCCUUGCACCUCUCCCAAUUGAGUUAGCUGUGUUCCUAUUGCAGUUGGCCACCCUCCCCAUCAUUGAAAACGACAUCAACACAGCCAGGAGCCUUUUAGCUGCCAUCAUCUACAAAAAGGACCAUGCGUGGGAUGACAAUUGGAUAUUCUAGGUAGGCCCAUUCAUUGGGGCAGCGCUUGCAGUUGUGUACCAUCAGAUUGUGGCAAGGGCAAUCCCAUUCAAGGCCAAGGCUUAGAUUCUCUAUCAUCAUCACUCUCUCUCUCUUCUCGGGUUUUCUUUCUUUGUCAUUCUCCUUGUGUAAUCCUCUGUGUGUGUGUGUGUGUGUGGUUCCCAUGUUGUCCUUUUGGAUGGAUGAGGUGUGGAGCAUUUUGAAGAUGAACGUGGUAUUGAUAUUGGUGAUGAUUGUAAGGUUAUGCUGUCUUGUUUGCUGCCAAAAGAAAAAGAAAAACAGAGAUGUAGUCAUGUGACCAAAAUGGUUCCUUGGAGUAUGAUAUCUAAUGCAAACUCACUAGAAUAUUGGACCUUUGCUCCGAAGGUUUGUU